GUUUUUGAUGUCAUUUUCCAUAAAGAAAUUUCGCAACAAACGAGUGAAAAGUGUUUGUGUAAAAUAUUUUUCGUUUAAUUUUUCUAAAAUUGAAAAUUUGUUAAACUAAUAAUGCCUAUUAGAAAACGGCACGGUCCACCAUCCGUUGCUAGUACAAAUUCUGAUGAUCCAGAUGAUGCUGCUUACAAAUUGAAAAGACAACGAAAUAAUAAUGCAGUAAAGAAAACUCGAGCAAAAUCUAAAGAAACUGCAAAUGAGCGUAAAAAAAAUGUGGAUACUCUGAAAACGGAAAAUUUAAAAUUGGAAACAAAGAUUGAAGAAGCUAAGAAGAAUGUUAAAAUGUUGAAAGAUUUACUACUUAACAACGCACAAAAUAGUGAUCAGGACAAAAUGAUUAAAAAGAUUCUUGAAGAAGUAAGUGACGAUGAUGAUGAUAAUGCGACCAGUUAUUGAUGUGUUGGUUGCGGAUGGAAACAAAACUUAGCUUAAGGUUAUAAAAUAAGAAUUUUUAAAAUUAAGAACAACUGUAGAUAAUUAAGCAAUAUAAUUGGUCAGCAUUUAUAA